AUGUCAUUGAACUGGGUUAUGAGAACCCCAGGAACAGAGUAUCCCCCAUUUGUACUCUUGGAGAAUGAACAGGUCAAGUUUUCGCCACCGGAAAUAGUUGAUAUCAAGCUCAAGCCAUUGGAGUUAAAGAACCCAGACACUAUUGGUCUCAAGGGUAAGAUCUAUCUCACAACCCACCGGAUUGUGGUGCUGAGCAGUGGCAAGACUGGAAGAGAGAAUAAUGACAGCUUUGCCCUACUAUAUAAGGACAUACAAUCGCACAAGCUGGAGAUGCCAUGGUUUGGGAACAACAGGUACUUGAUUCUGUUCAAGAUCAGUAAUCCAGACGGGGGGCUUAAUUAUCUUUAUCCUUGGUCGCUGGUGGUGGACUUUACAAGCGGAGGGGCAAUACGGUUUGCAGAGGAGUUCAGCACUAUAAAGACGAGAUUCGACAAUGGACAGUUAGUUGAUGAGUUGCCAGCGUAUACAGAGUGA